AUGGCCGCGGGUCACGUGACCAGCCGGCUACACGUGCGCGGUGUCUUUAAGAGGGUGUCGGUGCCCGGCGCCAUUUUAUUUCCUUGCGGAGCCAGGUCUGGCGGGCACAGCAUGAUUGAAGAGGACUGGAAUGCGGAGAUGGGGGACAAGUCGUUGCUCCCAUCCCUUGAGAAGGUUAGCUUGUUUGAAAGACCAAAUGACCUCUCAUCUGGCUUCAGUCCGAGUGUAGGCUCAUUCGGUACCGAUGAGUUUUUGAACAGACAGUGUCAACCAAUGAGUAGUUUCGGUAGAGGAAGGAAUUUUGCAGCCAAAGGUUUUCAAGAAAGAAACAUAGAAGAUGCUAGUACACAAAAUAGAGGGUCUAAAGGAUUCCGUGGUGGCUUUGGACAAGGUUUUCAAAGAAGAAAUGCUGCAGAAGGUUCUAGUACACAUACAAAAAAUAAAGGGUUUAAAGGAUUUCAUGGUGACUUUGGACGAUGUGAGAAUGGGCAGAGGAACAUGUCUCAGUCUGGAAUUCUUGACUCUACAGUAAAAGGAACAUUUACAGAUGGUGCAGGUUUUCAAGAAAGAAACGUUGUAAAAGGUUUUAGUACACGAAAUAGAGGGUCCAGAGGAUUUCGUGAUGGCUUUGGACAAGGUAUUAAUAAUGGGCGAAGGGUCAUACCUCAGUCUGGAACUCUUGACUCUAGAGAAAAAGGGACAUUUACAGAUGGUACAGGUCCGAAGGUGACGUAUGUGCCCCCUCCUCCACCUAAUGAUGAACAAGCCAUCUUUGCACGUUAUGAGACAGGAAUGAAUUUUGACAAGUAUGAUGAAAAUAUCGUCGAAGUGUCAGGACUGGACCCUCCAGCAGCAUUAAUGAGCUUUGCAGAUGCUAACAUAUCCCAUACUUUAACUGUGAACAUUGCUAAAGCUGGAUACUCUAAACCUACUCCAGUGCAGAAGUACAGCAUUCCUAUUGUACUGGCAGGACGGGAUUUAAUGGCAUGUGCCCAGACAGGAUCAGGAAAAACUGCAGCUUUUCUUGUACCAAUUGUGGCCCAAAUGAUGAGAGAUGGUGUAACUGCCAGUAGCUUUAAACAGCAGCAAGAACCAGAAUGUAUUAUUACUGGCCCAACUAGAGAACUAGUAAAUCAGAUCUUCCUAGAAGCAAGAAAAUUUGUGUAUGGAACUUGUAUAAGGCCUGUUGUGGUCUAUGGAGGUACACAAAUAGGCCAUUCAGUUCAUCAGGUUAUGCAAGGCUGUAAUAUACUAUGUGCCACUCCAGGAAGGCUUCUAGACAUCAUUGGAAGAGGAAAGAUUAGUUUGCAUAAUGUGAAAUAUUUGGUGCUAGAUGAAGCAGACCGCAUGCUUGAUAUGGGUUUUGGCUCAGAGAUGAAGAAGCUGAUUUCUUUCCCAGACAUGCCACAAAAAGACAAACGCCAGACACUAAUGUUUAGUGCCACAUUCCCUGAAGAAGUUCAGAGGCUGGCUGGUGAAUUUUUGAAAACUGAUUUUUUAUUUGUUGUUGUCGGACACGUGGGUGGAGCAUGCAGCGAUGUUCAGCAAAAUAUUCUUCAGGUGUCUCAGUAUCUCAAGAGAGAUAAACUGAUGGAAAUUCUACGCAGCAUAGGUAAUGAGCGAACCAUGGUGUUUGUGGACACGAAGAAAAAAGCAGACUUCAUUGCAUGCUUUCUUUGUCAAGAAAAUAUACCAGCCACUAGCAUCCAUGGAGAUAGAGAGCAGAGAGAGAGAGAAAUAGCCCUUCAGGAUUUUCGUUCUGGAAAAUGUCCAGUUCUCGUGGCAACCUCGGUGGCAGCAAGAGGUCUGGACAUCGAAAGCGUUCAGCAUGUUAUUAAUUUUGAUCUUCCUUCCACCAUUGAGGAGUAUGUACACAGAAUUGGACGAACUGGCCGUUGUGGAAAUACAGGGAAAGCAGUUUGCUUCUUUGAUAAUGAUUCGGAUGGCCAUCUUGCACAGUCUCUAAUCAAAGUGCUUUCAGACGCCCAGCAGGAAGUUCCUCUUUGGUUGACAGAAGUUGCUUUUGAGUCUGAAAGAGGAAGACUCUCAGCUAAUGUCCAAAAGAACACAUUUCUCUGGUCAAAAGUUAGCAUGGGAUUUCAAGGGCCUCUGCUUCAUGUGGCUCCUACAGACCUAUCUCAUUUCGUGCCUGUAGUUACUGAGAAGGAAAUGUUCAGCUCUUUGAUUUGGAUGUUCGUCCUGCUCUGCAGCUCUGUAGCAGAUGAAAACUCUAUCAGAGAUGCUCACAUUUUUCCUUCAUCUGCUGAAAUUAAAAGAGGAUCCUCCCUGAAACGAUUUUGUAUUCUUGGAAAACACCACAUGCCUCACAGAAAUGCAAGCCACAUCAUCUGGAAAUUGAAUGAUGAAUUGAUUGCUCCAGAGAAUUAUAACAUUGUGAAUGAGACUGUAUCUAGUAUAACCAUCCCUAAUUUCACCUACAGCACAGCUUAUCUGAAAUGUUUCAUGAAGUACUUGGACAAGGAACAGCUUCUGGUUCGCAAAGAAGUUAAAUCUGGCUUUCCCCCAGACACUCCAGGAAAUAUUUCCUGCAUUUAUUACUUUGAUGAUAACCUUACCUGUACCUGGAAUUCAGGAAGAAAAACAAGUUUCGCAAGAAACUAUACUCUUUACCGAAAACUGGCGACUGAUCCAAAUACUGUAUUCAGCUCCUGCCUGAGUAAAACAGAGUCAUGUUCAUUUCGAUAUCCAGAUACUCCAUAUAGUAGUGCUUUUUGUUUUCAGGUGAAAGCUGAAAAUGUUUUGGGUGAAGCCUUAUCGAAGUGUGUUCCUAUAGCUUUGGAAAAAAUAGAGAAAUUUGACCCUCCUGAAAUACUUUCAGUUAAAACAAUCAGCGGUAUAAAGCAGUUACUUACAGUAACCUGGAAAAUGCCUGAGAAGAUUAUCCCUUCACAAGAUUUAACUUGCCAGGUUCAAUACAGAAACUUGUAUUCAAACUCUACAAAAUCUGUCACUGUCCCACUGAAUUCUGCAGAGAAAACAGGAUCAUGUAAUCUCACAGGUCUGUGGGACUCCACAGAAUAUUCUGUUGCUGUUCGGUGUAUCAGUAAUGAAUCAAUAUUUUGGAGUGAUUGGAGUGGAGAGAAAAAUGGAAGCACGAAAGAGAAAGCUCCUUCAGAAAAAGUGGAUUUGUGGAGAGUAAUUGAGUCUUCACACUCACCUGGUGGAAGUAGAUCUGUACAUCUUAUGUGGAAGCCAUUAAAUAGCUUUCCACCUUCUGGGAGAAUUCUAGGCUACCAAAUACAGUAUUUUCCAGAAAACAAGACUGCACUUAAAAUGAUAAACAACUCUACUGACAAGAAAAUCACUUUACUUUUAAAUGAAGAGGCACAUAUAGUAUCUGUUACUGCCUAUAACUCUGCUGGAAAUUCUCCUGAAGCUAUUUUGAGGAUUCCAUCCACAGACGAAAAAACUGCUCAGAUUAUUGAAACAGCGAGCGCCUCUCCAUCAAAUGAAGAAGUGGUUGUGGAAUGGGUAGCCUCUAAACCAGAAGCAACAGAAUAUGUAGUUGAGUGGUUUGAGGAGUUGGAGAUGGAUCCUUUUAGUAGAUCGUGGCAAUAUGUGUCGAAUUCUACAAACUGGAAAACUAACAAAAAAAACUUUAAACCAUUUGUAUGCUAUAACAUCUCGGUGUAUCCUCUUUAUGAAAAUAAAGUAGCAGCUCCAUAUACCAUACAAACUUACGUUCAAGAAAAAAAACCAUCAGAAGGACCUGUGGCUGACACAGGCAUUCCAGGAAAAAAUGAAGUUACAAUAAAAUGGAAUGAGAUUUCAAAAGAUAAAAGAAAUGGAGUUAUCACUAACUAUACAAUAUUUUAUAAACCUGAAGAUGGAAAAGAAUUGAAUGAAACAGUGAACUCUGAUGUUCUGCAAUACAGACUGAAGUCCUUACAGGCUAAUACACAGUAUACUGUCUAUAUCAUGGCAAGCAAUGAAGCUGGUGGAACCACCGGAGAGCCAAAGACAUUCAAAACUUUGAAACUGGAUAAAGAAGAUGUUAUUUUAAUUGCUGUACUUGUUGGAAUAAGCGUGUUCUGUCUGUUAGGCCUUUGGGUAACAUGCAUUUUGAAAAAACAUGCGUUUAAGAAGGUUUGCUGGCCUGAUAUACCAAAUCCUGCAGAGAGCAUUGCAGUGGAAUGGCCUCUUUCUACAUCUAUGAAUAAUUCACUUUUGAAGAAGUUGGCACCUGAGGCUAAAACUGUAGACUUUGAAGACAUAAAUGUUUUGGAACAUUGUUUUCCUGAAGAAAACCAUGUUUCUGAAUGUAUUGAUAUUAAUGCAGAAGACAUGAUCAAUGGAGAUAAAAAGAUACUGCAUAAACAAGAAAAUGAUGUUGCUAAAUGUUUUUUGCCAUCCAUGCCUUAUGUGAUCACUGAUCAAUUUACCAGAAGCCAAAUGAAGUCAACUUUGAUACUAGUGAAGGAAAUCCAACCCGUGGAAAUGCUGGCAAAUGAUUUGUGUGGAUCCCAACAGAAUUCAGUCAAAAAUGAUGAAAAUGAUGGUGAAGUUUUAAAGGUGGAAGAUUUCAAUGAAAAAACACUGUUCAAUCCAUACCUUAAAAAUUCUGUUAAAACAAGGGAAUUUCUUAUUUCUGAGAGCUUGCCAGAGCACAAUAUGGAUGAACGCAAAAGCCAGUCAAGUGUCUUACCUCCUUUUCAACAAAAUGUUGCAGGACAACCCUACAUAACACUGGACAUGUUCGAGCCGGCCGCUGCUCAGUAGCAUGGGAAGAUUUUCUGUUGUAAAAUCCCCCUGUGAAAAAACUCUUGGCACUGCUGCUCAUGUGCAUUCCUAUGUUUUAACCUGUCUGGUCUCAGUUAAUUUGGAUGGAAACACCCUCUUCCUUCAAACAGCUGUGAAGUUAUUAUUUGCACCGUGUUUAUACAUGUCAGGGUUCACUUUUGUGGGUUUUUUUGUUCGUUUUUGUUUGUUUGUUUGUUUUUAUUUGUUUUUGUUUUGGUUUGGUUUGGUUUUGGUUUGGUUUGGUUUGGUUUGGUUUUGGGUAUUUUAGGGGGGGUGUUUCAUUUGUGGGUUUUUACCAGACAUGCCAGUACUGAGGCAAAAGAAAUAACUUUUGUUAUUUCUUCUUAGUUCUCCCAUAAUCAGCCUGCUAAAACAAACUUGUAUUUGCUGCAAGAGGAUCCAGCAAUGCAAACAGCUCAUUGAUUUCCCCCCCAGGCGGCCAGUUCCCAAGGCUCAGCUCUGCUGGGGAAACAUGGACUGACUUUUGAAUAGAGCCAGAAUCUGACAAAUCCUUACUUCAGUUAUGUGAAAUAAAACUACCAUCCUGUUCUUACUUUC